CGGCGGUCCACAGUAGCUGCUCAGCUCCACAGCCACGGAUCCGAGCGGGUUCGAGCAGUGGCGGCUCGACCCACAGGCGCUUGCAAGACGUGUCUUGUGCUCACCUACGUGCAAGUAAAUGCGAUUAAAGCUCGCUCGGAACCACUCGUAGUAAAUAGUUGUGGAGUGGCGUGGAAGGGGUGGGGGGUGCACCGCGUGUACUAAACUUGCAAGGAGGAAGAAGAGGAGGAGGAAGAGGAGCACGUAAACAACAAGGCCAGCAGAGCAGCCUGGCUUCUCCUCACAUGGCGGUGGCGCAGCGGGAGGGAGGGCGCCGAGAGCCGGGAGAUGCUUGAAUGAGCGCCACCACAACUUUGAACGUAACACUCUGCGAGGUGGACAGCGCAGGUCGCGGGGUAAUGGAGAGCCCGGGGGACACCCCGAACUCCGAGGACGUGCGGAAAAGCGGCUACCUCCGCAAGCAGAAGUCCAUGCACCGGCGCUACUUCGUGCUCCGGGUGGGCUCGGAGCGCGGCCCGGCCCGCUUGGAGUACUAUGAGAGCGAGAAGAAAUUCCGCGGCAAGGCCCCCGUCCCGAAGAAAGCAGUGGCGCUGGAGACCUGCUUCAACAUUAACAAGCGGGCGGACUCCAAGAACAAGCACAUGAUCGUGCUCUACACCCGGGCGGAGAGCUUCGCCGUCGCCGCCGAGAACGAGGCGGACCAGGAUGAGUGGUACCAGGCUAUGGUGGACCUGCAGUGCAAAAGUAAGAACCCCACGGACGGAGGAGCAGCAGGGGACUAUGGUGUCCCCAAUCCUGGACCAGCCUUCAAAGAGGUGUGGCAGGUCAAAGUGUGGCCCAAAGGUCUGGGUCAGGCCAAGAACCUGGUGGGCAUCUACCGUCUCUGCCUAACCGACAAGACCGUCAACUUUGUCAAGCUUAACUCUGAUGCUGCAGCUGUGGUGCUGCAGCUCAUGAACGUCCGGCGCUGCGGGCAUUCCGAAAACUUUUUCUUCGUUGAGGUGGGCCGCUCUGCCGUGACAGGCCCGGGCGAGUUCUGGAUGCAGGUGGAUGAUUCCGUGGUUGCCCAGAACAUGCACGAAACAUUGCUGGAGGCCAUGAAGGCGCUCAGCGAGGAGUUUCGCCAGCGAAGUAAAUCUCAGUCCAACUCUGGUCCCGGAGGAGGUGCCACAGCCUCUAACCCCAUCAGCGUCCCUUCACGCCGGCACCACCCAAACCCUCCUCCUAGCCAGGUGGGCUUCACCCGCCGACCCAGAACUGAACCUCCUGGAGGGUCUAAUGGUGGGACAGGUGUUAGCAGUUCCAGCGCUUCUCCCACCCCUCGUCACGGCUUUCCACGGUCUCGCACUGCCAGUGAUGGGAGCAAGGUGGAGGAAGGCCUAGUGGGAAACAUGCCACUUGCAGUGCUCAGCUCAAGUCCGUCCACCAACGGGUCUUGCUCCACCACCCCCAUCCUCAGAUCAAAGUCAGCACGCUCGGCCCCCACCUCAACCACCAAAACGCCUCUUGGUCUGAUGCGUUCUAUCUCCACCCCAGCACCUUCCCCAGCUCCAAGCCUGUCCUCCAGCUCUGGCCACGGAUCAGAGUUUGGGGGUAUAGCAUCUUGUGGUGGUCCUGGGGCAGGGGGUGGGCCCUACAGUCGAGUGCCCAUGCAUCGCACCUCUAUCUCGGGGUCACCCAGUGACUACGGCUCCUCUGAUGAAUAUGGCUCCAGUCCUGGGGAACAGACGCUCCUAGUCUCCCCCAAUCUACCUGGAAGCUCUGUUGGUAGCGUUGGCAGCCAGUCCCUUGGCGAGGAGGGAGGUAAUUACAUUUUAAUGGGACAGAAUAGUGGCGGCAAUGGCAGCAAUCAAAGCAGCAUGACGUCCAACUCCUUGCCAGCACCUGGAGCAACAGGCUGCGGAUCUUUGCCACAGACCAGGAGAGUGCUCCGCCGCUCCUCCAGUCGGGAGUGCGAAGCAGAGCGGAGGUUGCUGAGCAAGCGUGCCUCCUUACCACCUAUGGCUUUGGAAAGGCUGGUCCCAUGUCAGCACAGAGGAGACGAGCCAGCGGACGAAGACUCAGCGGACUAUGCUAUUAUGUCCAGGAGCACCAGCCGUGAGUCUUUUUCUUCCACGUCCUCUUCAACGCAGAGGGAAUGCGUCAUGGGUACUGGGUCAGCAGGGGGCGGAGGAGGGUACUUGGAUGUAGCAGGAGAGUUCAGGGGUGAAACAGGUGGGGUAGCACGUGGUGGUGUGGAUUUAGGAAUGGACAAUGGCUACAUGUCUAUGUUGCCAGGUGUCACUCAGCCUCCAGUGUCUCUGUCCCAGUCACCAGCUGUUUCCGUCCCAGACUCAGAUCCUAAACCUGCUGAUGACUACAUGGCCAUGACCCCAAACAGCAGUGUGUCCCCUCCACAGCAGAUCCGACAUCCACCCUCUUCAGAUGGCUAUAUGAUCAUGUCGCCCAAUAGUAGCUGCUCCCCUGAUCAACGUGGAGGUCUCUCUGGCGGUACUUGGGUGGGCAGUGGUAGUGCAGACAGCAGGGCAGGAAGCGACUACAUGAACAUGUCUCCAAUCAGUGCUCGCUCUGUGAAUGGGAGUCCUCCACCUUCAGAACACACCAGCCAAUCGGAGAACAGUUCACAUGUCCCCAAGAUGGUGUACUCUUAUUAUUCCCUUCCGCGGUCAUACAAACACAAUCCCUCCGCCAGACAUUUUGACGAUGGACCAGGACGUGGCAGAAGGCCUAAUGGUGGUAUGGGAUGGGUUGGUGGGAGGACAUUAAGCGGGUGCCAAGAGCAACAAGCGGCGAGCAGUUCACUGGCGGGACGACACCUGUCUCUCUCUUCUUCGUCAUACUCAUCCAGCUCAGCCAGCAGUGAGAGCCUUGGAGAGUGUGAGGAUAGAGCGGCAAGCAUCAUCGCUGGGGGGUCCAAAGAGGGGAACAAACUCCAGCAGCGACAAGUCUCUGGUGGGUUGCCAAAAAACAGUACCCACUCUCGAAGCAGACCAGUGAGUCUUUUUGUUGAUGUAUCCAAGGCUAACACCCUUCCCAGGGUCCGUGAGAACCCAAUGCUCCCAGAACCUAAGAGCCCUGGGGAAUAUGUCAGUAUUGAGUUUAAAGGGGAGAACAGCAGCCAGGCUGGUGCUGGAGGAGGGCGCGGUAGGGGUCUAAGGCAUGGAUCAUCCAAGCCUCAUGGUACAAGCAACCAGCAUCCUCAACACAGGCCGGUGUCCUGCCUGGGGAACUUUAUUCCCUUAUCCCACAGCCCUUCUGCCCCCAUUGCUCCCCCAGCCGCUUCCGAGUAUGUCAACAUGGACCUGGGCCCUUCUCCUUCUCCUUCCCCCUCACCCCACACCCCACUAGUUUUCCCUCCGUUCCAUACCCCUCCGACCCCUCCAACUCUUGCUCUUACUCCCAAAGCCUGUGAUGAAGCAGCAACGGGCCCUUGUGAAGAGGCGGCUGAAGUGGCUGAGGAACGGCUUAGGAAGAUCCGAGAGAUUGUUCCAGAGUCGGAGUCCCCUACAUCAUGCGGGGACUACACAGUGAUGGCCUUUAGCCUGAACAGCAACACCACUGCCGGGCCAUCAUCCAGCGUAUCUCCCAAAGCUCCUUCCCCUACGAGGACUGAAACCUCCGUUGCAACACGGGGUCUAGACUUUCCUUUAGCCAAAUCGGGGCCCAACCCGGACCACGUAGCUAAAGUUAUCCGUGCUGACCCCCAAGGACGCAGACGACACUGCUCUGAAAGCUUCCUUGCUUCACCGUCCCUCUCCACUUCUGGUUCCACGUCCUCUUCUUCCACUGCCUCGCUCUUCCCAGAACAAACUGCACCCCGCCGUCAGGUCUUUGAAAGCACGCCAUGGCGCAACGGAGCUGUUCAGGACAACCCUAGUCAUUCACCUCUUCCUGGACAGCAGCAGGCCAUUUCCACCAACACUCAGGUGCCUACAACAGAGAAAGGCCUGAAUUACAUAGACUUGGACUUAGCCAAUAAAGAGAGCCCCCAUUUGGGCCUGGAUGGACCCCCAGGUAACCAGGCCUCUUCUCGCCUUUUCUCUGUGCUGGGUGCCAGCUCUGGCGUCGGAGGAGGAGGAGGGGGUGCGGGAGUUGGCAAUGGUAGCAGCUCCAGUGUCAACACGUACGCCAGCAUUGACUUCUACAAGUCGGAGGAGCUGCGGACACAACAGAACGGAAACAAGGAGGGGACAGAGUGCUGAUGUCAGAAACAUCGACCUCGGAGGAACGGUGCAGCAGCGAGGCUUCGGCGGCGGGCUUCAAAUAUCUCCACUUGUUCCUUUGGUGUUUUUUGCUUGGACACGUCCCGUGGAGCACUUAGAGAUCAAGUGUGAAUUGAUCUUGUGUGCCAAUUGACAUUCUUGCUGCUUUCAUUCCGUGAGCGGGAGCCAAUCAGAGACGUGUAAAAAGAAGAAGGGAGGCGACCUUUUGUUCCCCCGAGAGGAAAAACUCAUCAUCUGAAAGAGCACUAUUUAGUGUAUGGAGAAGAGAUUACAGUAUGUAGAGCGGUGUAGCUGGGAAAAAAAAAAAGAAAAAAGUGCCUCUUGCUGAUUUAGACACAGCUUUCCUUUCCUUUGAGUACAUUUUGGGCUUUUUAAUUCCUUAAUAUGAUGUCGUUACAGAAAUGCCUGCAGACAUCAGUAACAGCGAGUCGCGCCACACACAAUCUAUGCUAUUUGUGGGAUUAACGGGCAAGCAAAUGUUUAGAUCUUACAUCAUUUUCUUGAAAAAGCAACAGAUCCGUGUUUAUCUCAUAACCACCAUUUGCAUUUUAAAACAGAUGGGUGUGACUUUAUCUUCUAAAUUCACUCCCGGAUGUGUAAGAAUAAAUAAGAAUACACUCAAAAUGACACAGCUAUUUCACUGUUAGCAUGGCUGCCAUUAGUGUUCUUCUAUUGUUAUGCCAGUUUUAUCCCAUUUUCUCUCCUUUAUUUUUCCUCAAAUGUUUUUAGACACAGCGUUCUUUUACUUUGAGUAAAUUUGGGGAUUUCUUAAUUUGAUGUUGUUACAGAAAUGUUUGCAGGUAAUAGCAAUAACAGCGAAUAGCGCUGCAUACAAUCAUGUUAUUUAUGGGGUGAAUAGGCAACCUAAUGUUUAGAUUUUAGAUCAGAUUUUAACGGGAUUUUUUUUUUUAAACAACAGACACCCUCAUAACCACCAUUUAUCUGGUUUAUUUCAAACCAGAUAGAUGUGACUUUAUCUUCUAAAUUCACUCCCGGAUAUAUAAAAAAUAAAUAAGAAUACACUCAAAAUGACACAGCUAUUCAGCAGUUAGCAGGGCUGUUAUUAGUAUUCCGUUAUUAUUAUGCCAUUUUCUCUCUUUUAUUAUCCCUCAAAUGUUUUCACUGUGUAUUUUUUGCCAUAAAACAAAGCCAUAUACCAAAAUGUAUUUGACAAAUAGUCUGGAAGCACUUGUAGCAGGAAGUGCCGUAGCUAGCUAGCUAGCUCGCAACAGCCAGCUAGCUGUAUUAGCAUCAGCUGAACCAUCUUGCUCACUGCAGUUGGGGUUGAGCCAUUACAGUUGUGCCAUUAACAUUAACGCAAUUAGUGUUAUGAGCUCAAAUCAGCAGUCUGUCAAUCAUUUUCCUCUCAGGACAAUUAAUAAUGGAUGACACUUCAAGGAUUUUAGUACCAUGCUAAAGCUAACAGAUGGCACACUACUUUUUAGAAGAGGAAAGGAUUACAUGAAAAUACAAAUUUGGUCACUUUUUUUUAGAAAAAAAAAAAAAAGUAAGAACGAAAAUCACUGACAAACAUUUACAGUAUCUUAUCCUAUCUUAAUAGCCGCAUCAGCACUUAAGUGCCUGUCUGUAUGUUUUGUCUAUGUCUCUUUGACCUAUCAUAGGAGUCGGCACUAAUAGGGGGGUCGUCAUAGCCGUCUGUUUUUCUGUAUAUAUAUUUCUCUUUUGGAUGACGAUAAUUUCAGGUGACUUUUUGAAUCAGCCAUGGCCCCUAAUGAGAGGACUUUUUGGGUUCAAUUUUGCCGAACUUUAUUGUCGGAAGUGCCACCAGUGCCAAAACUCCUCGUAAAAAAGACCCUUCAGAGCUCAACGACAGAUGCAUUUCUUCGUUUUCAGUGUAACCUUGUGUGUCCCCCCACCCCGUUCACGCCCCAGUUAUCUUUUGCAGCGGGGGAAGAACUGUGGCAUUUCUCGCCUUGCUUAAGUGACGCGCUAAGACGUGUGAUGCUUUAACCAACAAUUCGCUCAUGGCUUUGAUCGAGACCAGGCCAGUGACGGCCAUGGCGGUCGCAGAUUGUCUUCAUGUGUAUGGCUGCGUGUCUGAAAAGUUUGCAAACUAUCACGAAUUAGCGGCGUAGAUGAAUCGGGAUGUUCUAUAUUCGCAGCGAGCGGGCAAACACAUGAAAUGUUUGUAAUGAUGGCUGUAAAGAGUUCUCAGCGCACAGGUACUCAAAAAAAAAAAGUAAGCGCACAAAUGUAGUUAGCCAUCAUUUACAAAAGCACCGGGUUUGUUUCACAGCAAAUUGUUUGUCAACUGUGCUCCAUUGUCUCUCUUGUAGGAUGGUACUGACCGAUGUAGACCAUGAUAUGUGUUGCUUGACAAACAACAGCAAAAAGUGACUAAAAGAAUACAAAGCCAAACAACCGAUGGACUUGUGGUGUGUUUUUUUUUUCUUUGUGUUUUUGUCCAAAAAGGAAUUAGCUGGCGUGGACAUCAAACUUCUGGAAAAGUCUGCACCCGAUUCAUAACAUAAGACAAGUAUUGCAAAUUUCCAUUUAUUUUAAGUAUAGGUUUGUCUUUGCUUCAUUCUAUUGUUUACGUAAAGGGAGCGUAUACAACUCGCUCCAAAUUACAAUACAGUUGUCCCUCGUUUAUCGCAGUUAAUUGCUUCCGCAAUAAUUGAAUUUCCAUGAAGUAGGAUUCAAUAUUAAUAAAUGGAAUAACCUGUUUAUGACCUUCUAAAUACGGUUUUUACCAAUAUUUUUUUUACCCUCUACACAUAACACCCUUACAGCCACCUUUACAUUUUUAUUCCCCAAUAUAGUAGACAUAAUAAUAGAAAGCUAUCGUCGAGUCUAAAUAACAUAGACUCACAUGUUAGCAUUGACAGCAUACUUUCUGGUGGCUAUUGUUUCACCAAUGUAAGGUGAUCAAUGUAAUAUAACUCAUCAAUGUAAGGAGAGACUCACAAUGCACUUAAAUUGCUUUAUUAACAAGCAGAGAACACAUGAACAUUCACACAGGAGCUGCUGUCGGCCACUAUCUAUCCGCACUGCUAAACUGCUGUUGGCACUCAGCUAACAGUGAACUCUAGCCAGCUGACGUCCCAGACAUCACUUUCCAAGCCCCGCUUCUUAAAGGCGCACACAAGUCACAGACAGGGCCUACUAUAUUACACUUCAUAUCACAUCUUUUGAAUGCCUUGUGUUUGUAUUUUCAUUCAUUUAGCCAUUUUAUGCUUGAAAAUGCUUAAUUGACGCCAUGAAUGCGUACAAUUUGCUUAAAUAUGCACAUAUUUCUUACUGCUAAUAGACCACAUUCAACCAAGAAAGAGCAGUCAUUACUUAAUUUUGGAAAAAUCGAGUGGGGGCUGAUGUUCGAGCCGCGAUGUAGCAAGGGACAAUUGUAUUACAACACCACCCCUGGCUAGCACAGGGGUUGGCAACCUUCACCAUCAAAACAGCCAUUUUGCCUCCUCUUCCAGUAAAGUAAAAUGGCCUGGCGCUGCCAAACCUGACACAGCUUGUAAACCUUUGAAAGUUUUAAUCAUUUUCAAAUUGUACCUGUUACAACAACGGAAUUCAACCAACACAAAUGCAGAGUGCAUGUGUAGGCCUACUUUCAAACCUUUAAACACUGAACUAUGUCGGCUUUUUUGAGUCGUUCCUGUAUUUGUAUCAAAUUAAAAGAAAGCCUGAACCAGACCCCGAGAUACUUGACCGGUCGAUCUAUGUUCCUACCCUCACCUUUGGUCAUGAGUUUUGGGUCGUGAUCGAAAGAACAAGAUCACAGAUACAAGCGGCUGAAAUGAGUUUCCUCCGUAGGGUGGCUGGACUCACCCUAAGAGAUAGGGUGAGGAGCCGCUGCUCCUUCACAUCGAGAGUUGAGGUGGCUCGGGCAUCUAGUCCGGUGCACUCUGGAACAAAGUAGACAGAAUACACAGUAAACCUAUUGAAGUGUACUAAAGUAUUCCAUUUGAGACGCAGCCUAGGACUCACUACGGAGAGACAAGUAACCUGACAAGCCCAGUAAGUAUUCAUCAGUUGACACAACUUGUAAUUUUGUUGGGGUUUUUUUGUCAUAUAAGCCUUGAAAAGUCGUAGUGCAUUUUCUUUUGGCCUCGCAUGUUGUCAAAGUCAAAUGUCAGCUGCAUUCCUGCUUCACAGCGAUGCCGAGCAGACAAACGAAAGUCGCAUCAAGACAAGCAAGGAGGCGAGUGGGGCUGGCGGAUGGGCACAGCUGCCAUCUGGUU